AUGACUCUCGCUUUCCCUCGGGUUUUAGGCGGCGCAGGCGGUACCGAGGGCCCCGCCGCCGCCGCCGCCGCCGCAACGGAAGCUGUAUUACAACUAGUUUCGGUUGAGCAGAGGCCCGUACUAACCGAAUCAGCGAACCUGGAGGAUCCGAUAGGGCCGGCAGCUACAGAGGAGGGGAGCUCUAAGGAAAUGGUCGGUACAGCUGUUUCAGUUUCGGUUGCGACCGUUAGGGAUGCGGUUAAUAACGGCAAAGAGGAUGGAGUUUACGACACGGCGCGUAGUACGGCGGUGCUGGAGAUGCCGGAGGAAUACGAGUUAGCGGCAGCUGGAGAGGAAGGGGAGGGCGACGCCGCUGGGAGUGACAUGACGUUGGAAUCUGAGGUGACGGAGGAGCGGGAGGCUGAGGUGGCGGAUGUGAUGGUGAUGGCGGCGGAGGAGGCGCCGGCGGGAGCGUCGCAACGCGCUGGGAGCAGCGGCGGCGGGUCAGCGGGCAUGGAAGAGCCGGCGGGUGUGAAAAGCACUCCAACCCCGCCGGAGCCGCUGCCGCUACCUCCACCUGACGUGCCGUACACGACAUGGACAACAAAGCCGUCAGUAGUUCCAGUUCCGUUACCGAACACCCGGACUACGACAGCCUACGUUGCCGUAAACGAUACGGCUGGACGAUCAAAUUCUUCAGAGGAUGCUCCAGCGGAGGUCGCGUCGACGGCGGCGCCGCCGCCACCGCCAGGGGCCUUGGCGGCACCGCUGAGGGCUGAGCUCGGAAUGGCGUCAGCGACGCCGUCGUCACUGCUGAGCGGCCGCGGCCAAGGCGGCGGCGGCAGUUGCUCCAGUGCGACCCCUGGGUCUUCCGGCCGUGAGGCAGAUGGUCCGGACAACCGAAGGCUAGGCCGCGAGGAGAGGCGCAUGCAGCGCAGGAGGCCAUUCAGUCCGGACGGACGCGACGGGGCGACGAGCACAGCGGCGUUAUCAUCACUGCCGCCACCGCCACCACAGUGUACGAUGCUGUGUACGGCAGCGCGUGACGGCGACGUCAGUAAAGUUGCUGUGGAGAAAGCGGCGGCAGUCUUGGACGAGUUUGGGCAGCGGGCGGCACAGCGCUGCGACGACGGCGGCGGCGGCGGUGGCACUGCAUGGCGCCAGUCGCCGCCGCCGCCACCGUUGCUCGAUUGCACGUUGCGAUCAGCUGUCAUGGCCGAGCGGGCACCACCACCGCCGCCGCCGCUGCCUUUGCUAGCUCGUAUCACGCCCCCGCCGCCGCCAUCCGCACAUUCACUGCCGCCGCCGGUUGCGGCUGUCCUGGAUAUAUCUCCUCCUCUUAUGAACCUGUCGAAAACCGCCAGCGCCAGUGGUGCAGUACAAUCACAACCACCACAACCACCAGCCCAACGGCAAACCCUGGGGCGCUGCUGGUGUCCUCCUGAGCCACAUGACGACGAACCCACGUCGCCGGGGCCGCUACCGCUACAGCCGCCGCCGCACCACCACCACAAACAACAACAGCAGCACAUGCCGGCGUUCGCGCAUUUGGUAACGGCGCGGGCAUGCAAGGACUAUCUCCUGGUGAUUUCCCAGCCCAUAUCGGCGCCGGACAGCAGCGGCCCCACAUCGCCGCCGCCGCCACCGUUGCCCACAUCCACAUCCACAUCCGCACCCGCCCAUGCGGUGGCGUGUUGUCUACCUGCACCUGUGCAAGCUGCUACUGCUAGUGCAAGCGCGACAGCUACAGCGGCGGCGGCAACAGCUACUGUGACGGCAUCAGCGAGGGAUUCGGCAGUUGGCAGAGCGCCACUGCAAUUAGCUGGAAGGGCGAGAUGGGAUGCGCCACCUGACGGCAGCGCUGAAGCCGUAAGGGGAAGUGACGGCGACAGCGGCGGCGGUGGCGGCGGCGGUGGGAUCGCGCGCGACAGGUCCUCGCGUUCGGUCUUGGACCCCGUCCAAGCCGCGGCCACCAUUGGCAAUAGCGGUGGCGGCGGCGGCGGCGCAGAGGAGGCCCGUGACCUUGGUUUGGACAGUAGUGAGACCCGUGGGUCGUACGACUCGCCGUUCGUCCGCAAGGACUUAGAGCAGGACCCAUUCCAGCACCCCGCAAAGCGCCGGAAUUGUCCGCUGGCGGAUGUGGAGCUGAAGUCCAGGGAAGGUCACCAUGCGUCGCAGCCGCCGUCACCGCCGCCACUGUCGUCACCGCCAGCCGCCGCCCCACGAGACGCCGCCGUCUUAGCAACCGCGUCGCGCCGUACCGCUGCGGCGGAACGAAAAGACAGCUAUGAAGCCUUCGUACGACAGUACGAACGUAAGCUGUACGACUUCCUGUUACAACACGCGGGCGGUGUUACGAUGGGGAAAAUCGCGGCUGGAUGUCCCAUCCCGACGAAGAUAACUGUCCGGGAAAAGCCGUACAUGUUCCUAAAAUGUCGUUCGCAUUUGUACGUCAAGUUGAGCGGUGAUUUAUUCGCUGCGAACCUCGGACCGGCAGCCCCAUCACGGACAUCUUGCCGCCACAUCCAAUUCCAAGCACUGACAUCUUGCCGCCACAUCCAAGUCCAAACCCUAGGCCACCUAGGCGAGGCCGCAGCCCUCAUCGUCAGGGCCGCGGGCCUUCUCCACUGCCCACCAAGUGGGCAAACUGUGGGCCAAGUCCAAGCCCCCAUCGCGGGCGAAGCCACAGCCGCAGCGGCAGCCCUUGCCGCGGCCGCACUAGUCCUGGAUUUGGAUCCGAAUUCCACGGCCGCAGCCAUCCUGGAUUUGGAUCCGAAUUCCACGGCCGCAGCCAUCCUGGAUUUGGAUCCGAAUCCCACGGCCGCAGUCGCAGCCCCAGCUUCAGUCCCCGGGAGGCACAGGGACAAGGGCUGCGGCGAGGCGGCGGCCGCAGCUACAGCCGCAGCUACAGCCGCAGCCUGCACCGCUACCUUCAUCAUCAUGAUGCAGGUCCCCAUCUUCGUCCUCGUGGAGCAACGAGUCCGCGAGGACGCGAGCACGGCGGCCGCCGCCUCCAUCAUCCCCCGCCGACACCGCCAGGCUUACGUUCCGCUGUGUUUGAAUCAUUCCUUUUUCCUGACAAGUGUUUUUCAGAGCUUUUGCGUUUUGUCUUUGGCGUUUGCGUCUGAUGACCUAUGCAUGGGUAGUAGUGCAACAGCAUAA